AUCAGCCUGUGGCAUUUCGAGCGGGCAAACCAAAUAAAGCACUCCAAGCUUAAUCAUUAACAAAAAGUUGCUUAAUUUCUCUUUCCGAAAUAUUCGCAAGAUCAAAUCGAAUACGGAUGCCCGCAGUCAUAGUUUUCUACAGCAGAAAAUGGCAGCAUCGAAGGUGAUGAAAGCUAUCAGAGUGUCUGAAUUUGGAAGUCCAUCGGUGUUAAAGUUGCACUCAGGCAUCCCUGUACCAAAUCCAGGUCCCAAACAGGUGUUAAUCAAAGUCCAUGCUUGUGGAGUGAAUCCAGUGGAAGCUUAUAUCCGCGCUGGAACUUAUGCCCGGAAGCCAAGCCUGCCCUACACCCCAGGAACAGACGCGGCUGGGGUGGUGGUGGGAGUUGGAGACGGUGUCAGCUCUCUCAAGACAGGUGACAGGGUCUUCACCACAGCCACUGACACGGGGGCUUAUGCUGAGUACGCUGUGGCUCCGGUGGACUCCACAUACCGACUCCCCGACUCCUUAGACUAUGUCCAGGGAGCUGCCAUCGGGAUCCCCUAUUUUACAGCGUACCGGGCUCUGUUCCAUAAGGCUAACGCCAAGCCGGGGGAGACAGUCCUUGUGCACGGUGCCAGCGGGGGGGUGGGAGUCGCCAGCUGUCAGCUGGCCAGAGCUUUGGGCAUGAAGGUCCUGGGUACAGCAGGGACUCCAGAAGGACUGGCUCUGGUCCUGAAGGCUGGAGCUCACCAGGCUUUUAACCACAGGGAGCAAAACUACAUUGGCAAAAUUAAGGAGGCUGCCAGUGACCAUGGGGUGGAUGUGGUGGUGGAGAUGCUGUCCAACGUGAACCUCAGCAAUGACCUUCAGAUACUGGCGCGUGGCGGCCGGGUGGCGAUUGUGGGCUGCCGGGGAUCCAUUGAAAUCAACCCCCGAGACACCAUGAUGAGGGAAUCCAGCAUCAUUGGAGUAUCGUUGUUCAGCACAACCAGCGCUGAGAUGGCCGAGGCUGCCGCCGUCCUCUUUGCCGGGAUGGAAGCUGGUUGGCUGAAGCCCAUCGUUGGUGGCCAGUACAGCAUAGACAAGGCCACUCAAGCUCACGAGGACAUCAUCAGUAGUCCUGGAGCCACAGGGAAGGUGGUUCUGAUCAUGUGAAACGAGGGGAUGCCUUACCCUCUAGAAACAUCUUUUUACAUGCCUUAGAAAUGGAUCUCUGCUUCUCACAGCACAGUUUGCAGGUGAAGGACAGCAAUGUUGGGGAGGUAUAUUUGACAUCCAAAUUGAUGCAAGUGUUAAUUUCAGGUAUUAAAAUCCAUAGUCAAGACAUUGUGGUCAUAGAACACAAAGUACUAUAUUAAAUGGUAGUUAUAUAACAUUUACUAAUAAAAUCUGGUUUUAAACUGAAAUUUAAGUGGUGUAAGUACCUCCGUCUAUGUGACUUAAAUAGGAAGUAUUUAAUUGCUCGGGCAUCUACGUCUAUGAUCGAAUCUGUAUGUCAAAAACGCUUAUGUAAACACUAUGAAUAAAGAUGUUACACAAGAAA